CAUAGAGAUUGUCCGACACACACUGCAUGUGAUGCUGCCACUACUAAAGAAUGAGACUAUCGUAGUAGUGUUUACACUCUCUGGACUAAAUGAUACGAUGGGAAACAGAUUUGUGUUUUUUUCCUUGACUGCACUGUAUUAUCCAUUCAUCGUGUUUUGCAACGUGACCAUACUUUAUGCUGUAAUGAUGCACAAAAAGCUUCAUGAGCCAAUGUUUUUCUUCAUAUGCAAUCUGUGUGUGAAUGCACUUUAUGGCACUGUUGGCUUCUACCCCAAGUUCUUGUAUGAUUUAUUAUCCCAGGAUCAUGUGAUUACUUAUGCUGGAUGCUUAAUUCAGAUCUUUAUCAUUUAUUCAUCUGUUUUAUGUGACAUUUCAACACUAACAGUGAUGGCAUAUGACAGGUAUGUGGCAAUAUGUAGACCACUGGAGUAUCAUUCCAUAAUGACAGACCAGAGAAUUGUUGAAUGUAUUCUUUUCUGUUGGCUGACUCCAUUUUUCUGCAUGACUGUCCUUAUUGGACUAACAGCUAGACUCACUUUAUGUGGCUCUGCUAUUGAAAAGCUAUAUUGUGAAAAUUGGUCUGUUGUUAAACUCUCCUGUUUUUCUACGACUGUAAACAACGUGGUUGGGUAUGUUAUCAUUAUUGUAUAUUUCGGGCAUGCCGUGUUGAUAUUUUGCUCGUACAUUUAUUUGGUUGUAAAAUGCCGAAAGUCAACGGAGAGCAGGCACAAGUUCAUACAAACGUGUGUGCCGCAUCUGCUUGCAUUGCUUAAUGUAACUGUCGCAUUGUUGUUUGAUGUACUGUACAGUCGUUACGGCUCAAAGAGUUUGCCCCAGGAUUUGCGCAAUUUCAUGUCUCUGGAAUUUCUACUGGUUCCCCCCAUGUUAAAUCCUCUUAUUUAUGGAUUAAAUCUGACAAGACUAAGGAGGGAAGUCAUGAGGUGCUUUUUAAAAAAAUAAGUAGAUCCAACUGAAUGAGUCAUUUAAAAGCAAAACCUAUUUUGAUAUCUUAAUUAAGUUGCUUGUGAACAUCUCUUUUAAAACAGUUUGUAUUAUGGAUCUUGUACAAUACUAAAUACAAUGUACAAAUUUUGAUAGAUUUGGUCAUUAUUACUAAUUUCAUUUAUUUGUUUAUUUAAUAAAAGAAGCACAUUUAAAAUUGCA